CGAUUUGCCGCGAUAUCAUUUUGUAUCGAUAUUAAUAUCGAUACUGACCUCGACACUGGAGAUCGACUUUUUUAUCUAUCGAUUUGUAAGCAGAAAUAAGAGCGGGAGAGAGUAGGAAGCGAAGGAAUCAACUUGAUCAACUAUGUGGUGGUUGCUGUUACUUAUUGUUAUUGUUAAAGUCUGUCUUGGAACUUGGAGAGUGGUGGACAUAUAUAAUAAUACGGGUACUGGACCCAGUGGUUUUACACAUGCCGCGAGUACCUUUCAAAAAGAAAUACACAGCCGAUUGUCAAUACACACGCUAACAUACGGCAACUCUUUAAUGUCUUGCUGAUCUAAUUAUUUUUUAGAUUUUUUGUACCAAUUGUUUUGUUUAUUUUUUACCACCAGUUUUUCUGUUGCGGUUCUUUUUAAUUUUUUUGACAGCGAUUGACAAUCAUGGAGUUUGACAGAAGGUUCAUCAACGUCCUGAUGCUGAGCUUUGGCUUCAUGCUCGUUUUCACUGCCUUCCAAACAAUGGGCAAUAUUGAAAAAACGGUCCUGGAAAGUAUUAAGAAUGAAGACUCUAGCUUUAGUGGGGACGGUUACACAAGUUUGGCAAUUAUUUACGCAGCACUUGCUGUGUGCAACUGGUUGGCGCCUUCAUUUAUAUCAAUAACUGGUCCACGAGUCGCAAUAUUCGUUGGAUCAUGUUGCUACGCAUUUUUCAUAGCGUCAUUUUUAAGCCCAAGUGCGGAAUUUCUGUACACGGCAUCAGCGAUUCUCGGUUUCGGUGGAUCGCUGAUUUGGACUGGCCAUGGCCAGUACUUGACGGAGAACAGUGAUUCCGAAACCAUGUCACGUAAUGCCGGUGUCUUCUGGGCAAUCUUCCAGUCGUCAUUGUUUGCUGGUAAUUUAUUCGUCUAUUUUAUGUUCACUGAGCCAACGAUCGAAGGAUACACGAGAAGACUUGUCUUCUGGGUGUUGACAGCCUUAUCAAUCGUAGGAACAUCACUGCUUGCGUUCUUGAGAAGGCCGCCACUGUUGCUGUCACUUGGUGAAGCGGAAGGUGUCUCGACUGCAGAUAAAGAGCUGGCUAUGCCUGAACCCCAAGGACAGAAAGGAUGCACUGCUGCUUGGAAUGCAUUCAAGGACGCCUUGAAACUUUUCGCGACACGGAAAAUACUUUUGCUGUCGUUGACAUUUAUCUAUACCGGUCUGGCACUGACAUUUUUCUCGGGCGUAUACUCAUCGAGUAUAGGAUUUACCGAGGCCAUGGGUGAGAAACGAAAGAGUCUCGUUGGAUUAUCAGGAAUUUGCAUUGGUAUUGGUGAGGUAGUUGGUGGUGCUAUCUUUGGAAUGCUGGCUUCCAGAGCUGGUACCAUUGGGCGAUGUACCGGCUGGCCGGUCGUUGUUAUCGGAUUUUUCGUUACUCUUUUUGCCUACAUCACGAUACUUUUAAAUUUGCCUAAUGACUCACCAUUCAGCGAUACCAAUCAAACGGGUUUCAUUGAACCCUUGCCUGUGUUGGCAAUGAUUGGAAGUCUUACUCUGGGUUUCGGUGACGCCUGCUUCAAUACUCAAGUCUAUUCGCUUUUGGGAGUUUUGUAUGCAAAGGAGAGCGCGCCCGCAUUUGCGCUUUUUAAAUUUUGCCAAUCAGUCGCCGCAGCAAUUAGCUUUGUUUACAGCAGUUACAUCGGCUUGCAUGCCCAAUUAUCUAUUCUGAUAGUGUCUAUGGUAUUUGGAACUGCGGCGUUUUGUUUCAUCGAGCGCCGAUAUUCUAAUAGAAAAAUUUGUGAUGAUGCGGAAACUGAUACCACGUUGGGUAACAGUGUAAGUGCCGAUGAAAUGGAGGAAAGUACCACCGAUAAAUUUCUAUUGAGAAGACGCUCGGUUACAUUGAAACCUCUUAAAGUUAAAGAUGAACGAGUUGCCACUUUAAAAAAGGUAGCGGCUAUUCUUAAUAAAUCUGAAGUGAAUAGAACUCCUGAAGAAUUAGAACUCUUGUCUUCCUGUGGCGAUAUUGUCAAAGAGGUUAAUUUGAGGCAAAAGAAAAGAGAUAAAGUAAAAGCAAGACUAGAAGAAGUUGAAGAUCCCGUAGACGUUUUGGAAGAAAAAUGUAUGAGACUGGCAGCCGCAAUCAGCAGAGCAACGACGUUAACUGUUUAUACGGGUGCUGGAAUAAGUACGGCAGCUUCUAUUCCCGAUUAUCGUGGCACUAAUGGCGUCUGGACACGCAUGCAACAGGGUAAAGACAUCGGGAAUCAUGAUCUCAGUUUGGCGGAACCAACAGUCACACAUAUGGCGUUGUAUGCACUAUACAAAGCCAAUAUUCUUAAGUAUAUAGUAUCGCAAAAUUGUGAUGGACUUCAUCUACGCAGUGGUAUACCACGAACAUCAUUAUCUGAAGUUCAUGGGAAUAUGUACGUGGAGGUAUGUCGGAAUUGUAAACCGUCACGUGAGUACUGGCGACUCUUUGAUGUGACGGAAAAAACGGCGAGAUAUUCACACGGCACUGGCAGGAUGUGUCAUAAAUGUAAUUCUGUUCUGCAAGAUUCGAUAGUGCAUUUUGGUGAGAGGGGUAAUUUACCGUGGCCGAUAAACUGGAAUGGUGCUAGUCGGGCGUCUAAACAAGCUGACGUAAUACUGUGUCUUGGUUCAAGUCUCAAGGUAUUAAAAAAAUAUCCGUGGCUGUGGCAAAUGGACAGGCCGGUACACAAACGAGGCUCACUAUAUAUUGUCAAUCUCCAGUGGACUCCUAAAGAUGAGAAUGCUACGCUUAAGAUAAAUGGACGUUGUGACGAUGUUAUGACAAGGGUUAUGAACCACUUAGGAUUAGAAAUUCCACAAUACAAUAGGUCAAAAGAUCCAAUCUUUUACCAUGCUAUAAGACUGCAACCCAAUGAGCUUAGCACGACAUCACAACCGUGUUUAGAAGAGCCUCCAGUAGCUUUAAGUUGUAGUGAUAAGUCUUUGGAAGUAAAUGAAGAUGCGGACGAGAUUAUAAGUUCACAUAAAGAUAAAAAUAAAGAUAAAGAUGAUGAUGAUGAUGAUGAUGAUGAUGAUGAAGAUGAAACAAUACCAAAAACGGAAGAAGACUGCACAUCGCCGAUUGGACUUGCUGAACAAUUAACCGCCUACUCGGCGCCAUUUUUCACAGCAUUACCAUUCCUAUCCAUGGGCUUGCCAUUUCCCUCGAUGUUUUUCUAUCCUCAGAUGACGCCAUUGCUUUACUAUCCGUUCAUACAGCCGGCGACGCUGAAGCAGGAAAAAAUAAAAGAGCCUGAACCCAAACCAGCGUGUGGGUUUUGUAUGGAGAACGAGCGCUCGCCAGUUUGUCUAUUUUACCAGCUCGACGGCAACGACCAAGUGCCAAGCGAAGUCGCCGCUAUCGAUACUGAAAAUGAAAGCAAUAUCGAACAAAUAAUAACUGAAACUGAUGACGCUUCAGCUCCCGCUGCGACCGCUAAAAAUCCCGGGUGGUUUGGCAAAGGCUACCGCAAGGGAUUACGUAAGAAACGGUAGCAUCGGCUUAUCUCAGCAUCGUGAUUGAUAUUUCACGCUAAAAUAAUCGUAGACAGCAUGAAUAUCAAACGAGGAAUAACUCCCCAUCCAUAAGUAAUCUCCUUAUCAACAAACGCAAGAAGUGCUGGUCUAUUAGGACGCACUAAUUCCAUUAUCAAACUCAUCUCCAAGUUGAUUUAAUCUCCGCGUAUAAAUUAUUUUCAAUUAUCGCGAGAAACCUGUUGUGUUAUUAUUUUAUUAAGUAUUAUCAGCAUUAUUUAUUUAUACUAUACAUGUUCAUAUACAUUAUUAUUGUAACAAUAAUAAUAAUAACUAACUCGUAAAUAAAAUUUAUCGAGCAAGUUUCUCAUACAUCUAUAUUAAUAAAUAUAAUAAUAAUAACAAUAUAACAUAUAUUUGUAUACACAUUUGUGACUGCUGAGACUGAGGGUUUCUGCGCAUGAGGUGUAUCCAAUAACCUAAAGUGUGGGAUCAAAUAUAUGUGUAUAAUAUAUAUGUAUUAUGUGAAUUUUCCCAACUAAGCAAUUUCUCUCGUUCCACCCGUCUCCGUCAUUUGUUACAGAGUUGAGAGAAGAUCCAAUCGAGGUGAUCAGCGCAUCAUAUCAUGUCCUCGUCAUCGUGAUCUUGGUACUCUGAUUGCCCUCUGCGUCUGAAAGGAGAUCCAGCAGCAGUGUGGAUGGAUCUUGAUGAUGUGGAGUAAAAUUGUAUAUAAUAGCGGGGCAUAGUAGUGGAGGUACUACUACUUUGACCGGGAAAGUUUUCUGCAAAAUGGCGCAUACGUGGUGGCAGUGGGUAGAUGAGUGGGAGCCCGGGUGCCGCGACAGGCUGCGAGACCACCAGCAGUGCCAGUGCCAGUACACAAUCGAUAUUCCGUAAGUCAGAGGGGGUGCUGAAUAAAGAGAGACUCGGUGGCAAGGGGAGAGAAGCGAGAAAAUGAGCUAGUGUAUGUACGUAUACGAGGGAGCGCAUAGUCAAAGAAAGUUAGAGAAAGAGAGACCUAGUCGCGACGUUUGUGGCCGCGGACGUGUCUCCUGUGUGGCUCAUUUUUAUCUUUCGUACACCAUUUAAUAGUCUCCCCAGUUUUUAGUUAUUUUUAUUUUGUUUUUCCUUUUGUUAUUUUAUUUAUUUAAGUUUUGAUAGCGAGUGUAAUUUAUAAUUUUUGAGUCAACGUCAACAAUAUUGCUGGUAAGCUGGUGCGGUUAGAUGCGCGUUGUUCAGUUACAGUACAAGUACAACAACACAACAACGAGCCUCGUUGU